AAACAAAACCUAAAAUAGUGAUUGGAAACGACGAAAGAAGGAACCUAAUUCCAUCUCCGUUGAAAAAGUAAAAAUCACAUCCUUUCCCUUCAUUUCAAUGUCCCUUCUCUCAUGAGGAGAGUCUUGACCCAAAUUCAAAUUCCGAAACAAGAAAAAUAAAAGAACUCUCAGCCAACCACACACACUGAUUCUCAGAUUCAAUUCUACAAACAUUCGAUUGAUCCAUCAAACGAAGGUCUUUGCAAUCAAUUUCGAUCUGAUUCGAGUUCAAUGAGCAGUAGCGAAGGGAGUUCGGAGCGUGUGGCCGGAGGCGGACAGACGCCGGCGGUGGCGGCGGAGAAGAAGAAGGACAAGGCGAAGGUGAGUAGGACAUCGCUGAUACUGUGGCACGCUCACCAAAACGACGCCGCUGCGGUGCGGAAACUGUUGGAGGAGGAUCCGUCUCUGGUCCACGCUAGGGAUUAUGACAAUCGGACUCCGCUCCAUGUUGCCUCGCUUCACGGCUGGAUAGAUGUCGCCAAGUGUUUGAUUGACUAUGGAGCUGAUGUCAACGCCCAAGAUCGCUGGAAGAAUACGCCUCUAGCUGAUUCAGAAGGAGCUAAAAAAGAUAGCAUGAUUGAGUUGUUAAAGUCGCAUGGUGGCCUGUCCUUUGGACAAAAUGGAAGCCAUUUUGAACAAAAGCCUGUUCCACCCCCUCAACCAAAUAAGUGUGACUGGGAGAUUGACCCUAAGGAGCUGGAUUUUUCAAACUCUGGUGUUAUUGGGAAGGGGUCUUUUGGUGAGAUUUUAAAAGCAAGCUGGCGUGGAACACCUGUCGCUGUUAAACGCAUUCUUCCAAAUCUUUCUGACGAUAGAUUGGUGAUUCAGGACUUCAGACACGAGGUGAAUUUGCUAGUGAAGCUCCGCCAUCCCAAUAUAGUCCAAUUCCUUGGAGCUGCCACCGAAAGGAAGCCCCUAAUGUUAAUUACUGAGUAUUUGCGUGGGGGUGAUCUUCAUCAAUACCUCAAGGAAAAAGGUGCACUUAAUCCAUUAACAGCUGUCAACUUUGCAUUAGAUAUUGCGAGAGGCAUGGCUUAUCUUCACAAUGAACCAAAUGUCAUAAUUCACAGAGACUUAAAGCCAAGGAAUGUUCUGCUAGUCAAUUCUAGUGCAGACCACUUAAAAGUUGGAGACUUUGGCCUAAGCAAGCUCAUUAGAGUUCAAAAUACUCAUGAUGUGUACAAAAUGACUGGCGAGACUGGAAGCUACCGAUAUAUGGCCCCUGAAGUUUUCAAACACAGGAGAUAUGAUAAGAAGGUUGAUGUUUUCUCUUUCGCAAUGAUAUUAUAUGAGAUGCUUGAAGGUGACCCACCGAUGUCACACUAUGAACCUUACGAAGCAGCCAAAUAUGUGGCAGAUGGACACAGGCCCAUGUUUCGGGCAAAAGGUUACACACCUGAAUUGAGAGAGUUAACGGAGAAGUGCUGGGCUCCAGACAUGAGCGAUAGACCUUCUUUCUUGGAAAUUCUCAAGAAGCUUGAAAAAAUUAAGGAAAUUCUACCAUCAGAUCAUCACUGGCACAUCUUUACUUCAUGACAUGAAAGCCAAGAGAUGAUCAUUUAUCAAGAUGAUAAAUGUGCAAUGUUUGUUUGUCCCGUUCUAUCCAUUUACCUUAUUGUGCAGAUGGGGCUGUGAAUAGACUCAACUAGCUGAGUUUAUUAUAGUUAUUGCUGUAACUGGUUUCUCGGAUUCCAUUAUGAUUCUUAUCACAAACAUAGUUGGCAAUGUUUCUGAGAUCCCAUUUCUGUAGUCCAAUUGUCAUGUCUUGUUCCAAAAAAUGCAUUUCAAAUGUCCUGCUCCAUGCAAACUUUAUAAAGUGUUCAUCCUCUGUCCAGAGUUCUCUCCCUUCUUUUCCCCUCCUUUGUUUGUAAUUUUUUGUGUUUCCAGACGGAAACUAAUAAUCCUGGACAAACGAAGAUCCUUUGUUCCCUUUUUCUAUUAUUGUAUCUUUACGCGAAGAGUGAAACUUGGUGUUUAUUUUUUAUUAAUCAGUGAGAGAGCAUUUGGGCUCUUAGAUUGGCUUUUUCUGUAAAUGCUGGAUAUUGGUUUUGCAAAAAAUUGUAUAAUAGUCCAGAAAUUUCGAACUUUAUGUUA